UGUGUAUAUAUAUUUUUUAAAUUAAUUUUUAUUUAAUAAUCACUUAAUAUCGAGUAAACAUGUGUAUCACACCGUAAAUAUUACAUACUCAUAAAACGUGUUUGGACAUAGGUCGCGCUGUAGUAGCUUGGUCGUAUGUUUACGUUAGUGAUCAGUAGGAUACUAACCACGCGUGAGUGAUCGGAGGAGGUGAAUGUGUUCUAGUCUUCAUAUAAAUAUGAAAGUUUGAAUUGUGAGCGACGUGGAAUUUAUAAAUAUUUGAUGUUGAGGUAACGUGGAGUUUUAGUAGAUAUAAUUUAUCGAUAUACAUUAGUGUCAAGACCAGUAAAAUAGAAAACAGCAAAAGCACUUUGAAAAUGGCGAGUAAUACAAUGGGCGGAUUCACUCUACGAGACUUAACCGCGCAAGAUGGCGUCGUUUUUGAAAUCGGCGAAUAUAAGGAUAUCGAAGAAGAAGAAGAAUUUUCUUACUCGCCGCAUGUUUCGUUGACAAACGAGGAAGCCUUGAAUUUAUUAAAUAUGGAUGAUUUUGAAGAUAACGAAAACGAUGACAAUAAUGAUUGUACCAGAGAUGGUUCUUGUUCUAUUUUUGGUAUAAGUUUUGAAGAAUUGAAGACUAAAAUGACGGAUAUACUCGGAGAUGGCAAAAUUAUGAAGCUGGUUAAACGGAAAGGAAUUGGGGAAAAGAUACCUUAUGAUGCACAAGUUAUUGUAAAGUAUCUUGGCCACUUUGAAUACAAUGAUGAACCAUUCGAUUCUAGUUUCACUCGUGGAGGGGCAGAAACUUUCCAUCUUAACAAGGGUUCACUGUUACCUGGUUUGGAAAUUGGUAUAACAACUAUGAAGAAACAUGAGAUAGCAAUAUUCAUUGUGCAUCCUGAUCUGGCAUUUGGAAGAUUCGGUUGUGCUCCUCGUAUUCCCCCGAACGAGCAGAUCUUGUUCAUUGUACAUAUUAUAGACUUUGUAGACAAUGGAUCUGUAGAGACUCUUCAGAAUCUUUCCAUAGAAGAGAAAAGAAUAUUUGCAAAUGCUGUUAGACGGGUUCGGGCAAAGUUCAAUACUGCUAAGGACUGUUUUAAGAACAAAAGGAUCAAGCAAGCAAUAAAAGAGUAUGCAAGAGCAAUUCACUGGUUGGAAGAAGCUGAGCUAAAAAAUGAUGAAGAAGAAGAAGAGUUCAAUAGGUUGCUCUCAAGAGGCUACUGCAACCUUGCAGUUUGUUACAACAUGGAGAAUAUGCCUCGUCGCGCUUGUAGCGCGUGCAAUAGGGUAACCAUUCCAUCGGCAAAAGCUCAUUUCAAUCACGGGCGAGCUUUAUUUAAAAUUGGGGAAUACAAUUGCGCAAUGGAGCAGUUGCAAAUGUCUCUCGCGAUGGAGCCUAACAACGAAGACACAGUUAAAGAAAUUAGGCUGGUGAACGAGAAACAACGAAAGUAUCUAGAAAUGGAGAAGAAACUUUGGUCAAAUUGCUUGAAGACGAAGCAGGAGGGGAAGAAGGAGGCUUUGUUUCAGACAGCCGCGCGUGAAAUGUGUGAGACAUUCGCAAAAGACAGUCAAUUAUUGAGACAACCACUUCCGGAGUCGUUAACCCCGGAAGAAGAUAAAUGCAUCCGCGAACAGGCUGCCGCAUUCGGUCUGUUAAUUACCACGCACGAAAGAUACGGAAGAGAAGUAACGUAUCUAAACAAAUCUAAUUAUUAAGUCCACUACCUCUAAGCUCAGUAUUAAGCUUGUAUCAUAAAACGUGAAGAGAUGCCUUUACGUUUGUUAAAUACAUUUAUUUUUUUGCACAGA